CAACGCUGAAAAAUAAAGAAAGUCAAAACAAGACAAGCGGACCACAACAUUAAAAUGAAUUAAAAGACUGCUUUGUUUGCGAUUAUAGAUUAAUUAAUUUUUAGAUCAGGGCAAAGGUACGGAAAGCGGAAAAUAGACCACCCACAAACAAAACGGGCGCAACUUCAGCUUUCAUUUAGAUUGGCGACGUUCGUAAACAACGGAUAAGACUAUAAUCAGCUGUACGUUAUUUUCGGUGACAAAAUCAUCGUAGAGCCACCCAGCCAACCACAAAGCAACAAAGGGAAGCCUGACCGAACGACCUGCCGUUUUGAUAGCACCGAAACACGACACGACUCCCCGCAAAGAUUAAAGCCCACUUUUUGGACCCCAUCCACAGUGGUCGACCGUCUCUCGGGCACUUCACAUCGUUCGCCGUGAGCUAGAGUUUGGGAUAGGCAUAAUUCAUAGACCUUAGGAACCCACCGAAAUGUGCGUGAUAUUCUUCUGCGCGGACUCCAAUCCGCAGGCCAGUGGCUACAAGUUGAUCUUGGCCUCCAAUCGGGACGAGUACUUCGCCCGGGCCACCCAAUCGGCGGCCAAGUGGCCUAAUGCCGAGCAUGUCUACGGGGGCAUCGAUCUUGAGCCGGGACGCGAGGGUGGAACUUGGCUGGCGAUUGGCCAUUCCGCGAAUUUCUUUAAAGUGGGCGCCCUGCUCAACCUCACCGGCGAGCCCAAGCCCCGAGAUGCAGUUGCGCACAAGAACAUUUUGCAACCGCAUAAUCACAACAGCAACAGCACCGGCAUUAACCUUUGCCCCAAGCCCUCCACCUCGAACAAUCCAACCAGCCAUCCGAGUAAGGGCCAAUCGAAUAACGAACAUUUCUUACUAGGGCGCGGAAUGAUCGUGGCGGACUAUGUCACCCGGUCGGAUGAGCAGCACAGCAUCCUGGAAUACAAUCAGAGCCUGCUCAAGGACUGCUCCAAGUACACCGCCUUCAACUUUGUGUCCAUCGAGAUUGGACCUUCAUCCCUGCCCGCCCGCGUGAAUCUGCUGAGCAAUGUGCCACCCACGCUGGAGGAGUUCCAGAACGGAGAGUGCUAUGGAUUCGGCAACAGCCUGCCGCACACUCCCUUCGAGAAGGUGCGUCAUGGCCAGCAGGAGUUCGAGGCGAUCGUGAAGAAGCACGGAGGCUCCAGUGUGGAGGACCUGUCCUCCCAACUGAUGCAGUUGCUCCGGAACAAGCACAAGUUCUGGCCGGACGUGGAGCUGAAGAGACGUGCGCCCAAUUGGGGCGAGGGAUUGAGUGCCCUUAAUGUUCACAUCGGGGAGCAUGCAUACGGCAGCCGCACCCACACUGUAAUCCUGGUGGAUAGUCACAACAAAAUGCACUUCAUUGAGGAAACAAUGGAUGGAGUGGAUCCCGAAGGCGAGUGGAGGACAACCCAUAUUGAACGGGAUUUCCAAAACAGUGUUUAAUGCGACGAUACUUAAUAUAUCACCUUCAAACUUUUAUUGUGCAGAGCACUGAACUCGCUGAUAUAUCAGUAAUUUGUAUACUCGUUUCCUUUUUUUUUGUACCACUAAUAUGUAUUUUGACUCAGGCAUUUACGAUAAUAAAUAGUUAUACAUAUUUUAUAAUAUA